AUGCACUCCAAGGGAAAGGGUAUGUCCGCGUCCGCGCUCCCCUACCGAAGGUCCCAGCCUUCUUGGUCCAAGGCCACCCCCGAGGACGUCUGUGACCAGAUCUUCAAGCUCGCCCGACGAGGUCUCUCCCCCUCCCAGAUCGGUGUCAUCCUCCGUGACUCCCAGGGUAUCCCCCAGGUCAAGUCCGUUACCGGUAACAAGAUCUUGAGGAUCCUCAAGACCAACGGUCUCGCCCCUACCCUCCCCGAGGACCUCUACCACCUCAUCAAGAAGGCUGUCUCCGUCAGGAAGCACCUCGAGCGAAACAGGGGUGACAAGGACGCCAAGUUCCGAAUGAUUCUCAUCGAGUCCAGGAUCCACCGUCUUGCGCGAUACUACAUCAAGACCCAGCAGGUCCCCGCCAACUUCAAGUACGAGGCCGCUACCGCUUCUACCCUCGUCGCCUAA